AUGGACGGUCUCGACGAGUUUGAAAAGUCACUGGCGACAGAAAAGGCAGAACGAGAGCGAGCUGAAGAACGCGCGAGUCGCAAGCAUCGCCAUCGCAGGGAGAGAUCCCACGACCGCGAACAUGACCAUUCUAACCACCACGACCGACAUCGGCACCGACAUCACCGCUCCAGGGAACGAGAUCAGGGGCGGAAUGAGGACCAUCAUCGCCACAAGCGAUCAAGGCAUUCUAGGGACGAUGGUGAAGACGCAAGGGAAGAUGAUAGGCAACACCGUCCUAACCGAGACGACAAGCGUCGCCACCGGGAGGAUGGCGUACGAUCGCCUCGACAGUGGGACUACGUAAAGGGGUCUGAUCCAAAAGCGGACCUUCCUCUGCCCGACGAGGAGAUCUCCGUCGCCAGCGCAAAUCCUGAGAAACUAGCUCGUGAUGAUUGGAUGACAGACCCAUCGGCGCUUGGUGUUGACUACACGCAGCGAGGAGCGAAGCGGGAAAAGACCCCUCCGCCAUCGAGAGAACCUGUGCGUGCCGUCCACUCUAGAGAGAUCAAUGCGACCGAGUUGCAGCACCUCAAUGAAGGAAAACAUUUGGACGAGCUAGACCGACCUGCACAGCACAACGUGAGCUAUACAUUCGGAGAUGAUGGCAGUCAAUGGCGAAUGACAAAACUCAAGGCCGUGUAUAAUACGGCAGAGAAAUCUGGCCGGUCUGUGGAUGAAGUGGCAGUGGAGAGAUUUGGUAGUCUACGAGAUUUUGACGACGCUCGAGAAGAAAAAAUAGAGCUAGACCGUCGCAAAACAUACGGCGAAGGUUACGUGGGUAAGGGAAAACCUAGUGGGGAGUUAUUUCAAGAACGAAAGCUGGAUGCGGGUGUUCACGAAUCCAGACAACUAUCACGAAUGGAGCAGGGAAAUCUUGAGCAAGGUACCGUCGUUCCCGAUGAUGCCACCAGACCAGCUACCACGACGGUCGACCAGACCGGACUCAACAAGUUGCGCGCACAGAUGAUGAAGGCGAAAUUGAGGAAAGCACCAGACGCCGCCAGGCUCGAGACGGAGUACAAUGAGGCUGCCGCCGCCUUUGCCGCCCACGGUUCCGGUGAUGUUGUCCUUGGCGUCAUGGACAAUCGCAUGUUGGCUGGCACGAGAAACGAGGCCAAGGCAGUAGAGACCAAGCGAGGCCGCGAAAGGGGCCACAUGCAAGAGAACGACGAGAUGACCAUUGAGGAUAUGGUACGAGAAGAGCGCCGAACUCGCAAUCAACGUGGAGGCGAGGGUCUUCGGCUUGCUGAGCGUAUCGCCAAAGAUGGUAAAUUCGAUAACGACCUCGACUAUAUGGACGAGAAUGCCGAAAAACUCGCCAAGCGCAUCCAAAAAUCAGAGAUCAACCUCCGAAAUACCGCGGUUAAUGAGUACCAGAAGAUCAAUAGCAUCCUUGACAGAUGCCAGUUGUGCCAUCACGAAGACAGAAACCAGCCACCGGUUGCGCCCAUGAUCUCUCUGGCGACCCGUGUCUAUCUCACGUUGCCCACAGAGCCAGAACUAGCUGAGGGAGGCGCAGUGAUCGUUCCCAUCCAACAUCGCACCAAUCUGCUAGAGUGCGAUGAUGAUGAGUGGGAGGAGAUUCGCAACUUCAUGAAAUGCCUGACGCGCAUGUACCAUGACCAAGGCCGUGAGGUUGUUUUCUACGAGAAUGCUGCUGCACCUCAUCGACAUAUGCACGCCGCCAUGCAAGCUGUCCCUAUCCCGUACGAACAGGGUGAUACGGCGCCAGCAUUUUUCAGGGAGGCCAUGCUUUCGGCUGAUGAGGAAUGGUCCCAACACAAAAAAAUCAUUGACACAGGAGCCAAGGCAAGAAAUGGAUUGGGCAAAUUAGCAUUCCGACGAUCCAUUGCCAAGGAAAUGCCGUACUUCCAUGCGUGGUUUACGCUGGAUGGUGGCCUAGGCCACGUGGUGGAAGAUGCAAAUCGCUGGCCCAAAGGUGAUCUCUUUGCACGCGAGAUCCUGGGCGGGAUGCUGGAUGUCAUGCCAGACGUGAUUAAGAAACAGGGUCGUUGGCGCAAGGAUGAUAUCAGGGCAGAUACCUUCAAGAAGCGCUGGAACAAGUUUGACUGGACUCGAGUCCUAUCGGACAGUUGA